CGGAAUACAUUUUCAAAUGUUGGUAUUGCUAGAAAGCAGAACAAAUAACAAAAGAAACAUUUGAUGUGUGUGGUAUCUGCUUAUGCAUCAUUUAUACUAGAAAAUGUGUUAUUAUUAAUUUCAUAUCUUAUAAGAAUAUGGGGCAGCCCUAUCCUGAAGUUCAUAUCUACCAUCAAAAUUAGGAGGUGUAAUUAAGAUUCGGUAAAUUAUGGAGGAUGGUGAUAUGGACGCUAAUAACGAUGGAGAAAAUCUGAAUCUCAGUUUUGGUGAAGAAAUGGGCGAUGAAUUAAAAUUGGACGAAAUGCCAGAGUAUGACACCCGCAGUGAGGUGAGUUCAUCUUCAUCGGAUAGUGGCUCAAGUCAACCCAGUAUAAGUUCUGUCAGUUCUGAUUCAUCUGACCGUAAAAUUAGACAUUCCAGGCACAGGAGGGAUCGUUCAAGAGACAGGAAGAGCCCGACUCCAGAGGUGAAGAGGUCGAAGUCAAGAGAAAAGGGUAAAUCUUAUGACUAUAUAACAAAACUGAAUUACUUAUUCAGGGAUGCUCGGUUUUUUGUUAUCAAGAGUAACAAUGCUGAAAAUGUGACUCUUUCAAAGGCGAAGGGGGUGUGGUCUACUCUUCCACAGAAUGAGUCUAAACUGAAUCAGGCAUACAGAGAAUCUAGAAACGUUUUACUUAUUUUCUCAGUGAAAGAAAGUGGGAAGUUUGCAGGUUUUGCACGGCUUCAUGGUGAAUCUCGUAGAGAUGUAUCUCCAAUAUCAUGGGUUCUACCUCCUGGUCUUUCAGCCAAGGCUCUUGGUGGAGUGUUCAGAGUGGACUGGGUCUGUCGUAAGGAAUUGCCAUUUAAUUCCACAAUGCAUCUGUAUAAUCCGUGGAAUGAAGGUAAACCUGUUAAGAUUGGUCGUGAUGGCCAAGAGAUUGAACCUAAAGUAGCAGAAGAGUUGUGUCGUCUGUUUCCAGUGGAUGAGGGGAUAGAAAUGACUCCUAUACUUAGGAAAUCCAAGGAAGCAGCAAAGAUGGUGAGGCCUCGUAGUUCACGUUACAGAUAUGAUAUUCAACACAGGCACAUAAGCAGUAGUCGCUUUUCACCUAGAUCAUCAUAUAGCUGGCGUGGCCGUGGAGGUUCCUUUGGCAGGGGGCGUCGGAAAUAUUACCUAAGUAGCCGUAGUCGUAUUGGCAAUAGUGGCAACAUUUACAAAAGUUCUUCAUCUACACGGUCACGUGACAGAUUCUCAUUGUGGUUUGGCAGUCCUAGAGACAGUAGUAGACCAUACAGUGGUGCAGCUGCAGCAGCUGAAGCAUAUGUAGCAGACUAUAUGCGAUCUCUGCAACACCAGCUUCCACCAAUGCCAUAUGCCCCUCCACCAGGGAUGUAUGGUUCCUCAGCUUCAUCUCCAUAUGAUGCUAUGCCUCCUCCCCCACGCUACUAUGAUGGUUUGCCACUUCCAGAGUAUUCACUGCCAUCCCGGUCUAGCAGUCAUUCAGACAAACGUUCUUACGAUCGCUCUGUGGAUGAGUUCUUGUGGCGAACAAGUGAGAGAAGAGACCGUGACAGAGAUCACCAUCGCUAUAGGGAGCGACGGUAAGACUGAUUUAUUGUGUUUGUUCCUAGACUGUAUUGUGCAGUGUUUGAUUUUGUAUCUUGCACUUCAGAGAUCGCCAUAUUGAAUGCAGUUAAGAUUCUUCAUUGUGAAUUGUAGCAGAAUACAAUUGCUGCUCUUUUGUAGUGUGAUUCAAGUGAGUGAGUGAGUUAUCAAAAACUGGAUAUUGUUAAGUAAUAAUAGUAGAAGUGUUUAUAAUACACACUCAUCUGGAUAGAAUAUGAUCCACAGUUUCAUAUAUCUGCUGAUAUAUUGAGUGCUCAUAUAGCAUAGCAUAUAUUUUGGGUACUACUGUAUCCAUAAUAUUUUGAAGCUACAUGAUUUAGGACCUAAAAAUAUUAUAAAAAUGUGUCGGUUUGCUUUUGCUUUGGGUUUAUAACUUUGAAUAGAUAAUGUGUCUCAAGUCAUGAAGUGUCAAUUCAUUAUGGUGUUCGUACUGUAUUUGUGAUUGCCUCAUUUAUGUCUUCGUAUGUAUGUUUUGUUUUUGGAAUCCUUGAAGUUUUUCUGGUAAUGCAUUAUUGACAAUACAUUAUUUGAAGUAUAUGUAUGUCCUACUUAAGGAAUAGGGCACUAGUUUAUUUCAUAAAAUAUGUGUAUAAAUUAAAGUACUAUAGUUUUAUGGAUGUAUUGUUGAGUUGAAUUAUUGGAGGUUGUGCUGUAUUCAUAAUUUUGAAUUACAGUGAAUCAUUGUUGA